AUGGAUCUUCAGCUCAAGGUUCUGCAAACUCCUACGGGAAAACAGCUUUCAGAAUACCAGCUAAAUUUGCUCACCAAAAACAAAAUAGGGUCCGUGCUCGAUUUUUAUGAGGCUGAUGAGGAAAAACUCCGCGAUAUGCUGGCCAUUAAGGUGGAAUCCGUGCGGGAUCUGAAGAAGGAAUUGUCCCUGCUGCCAAACGAUUCCGUUGAGGAUACCACUCCGGAAGUGGAAUACGGCACGGGCAUGGAAGAGUUGGACAAGCUGCUGGACUCUGUGGGACAGCCCUUCAAGCAGGGCAGGGUCUGGGAACUAAGUGGUCAGACAGGUGUGGGCAAGACCCAACUGGUGCAUACCUUGGCGCUGAAUUUCGUGUGGAAGCACAACCGGAAAGUUCUAUUCAUCGACACCAAGAGGGACUUCUCUUGCAAAAGAAUACAGGACAUGCUUCGGGCACGGAACUUGGAUGAGGAAACCUGCCAAAGGGCCAUGAAAGCCAUCCAGGUGGUGCAGGCUUUAACAGCUCCGGAUCUAAUCGAAAUUCUAAAGGCUUUCGAUCAGCAACUGACCGCCAAGAUCCAGGCUGCCAUGCAAACUAAAUUCGUGGUGAUUGAUUCCCUCGCAGCCUGCUAUGUCCACUAUCGCGGCAGGAGGAUGCAUUUGCUCAGGCAAUCCCUGCUGGUGGAGCUGGCUUGCAAAAUCCGGAAACUAGCUGUCCAGGGCGUCGCCUUUAUUAUCGGCAAUGUGUCUUUCUUUGGAAAAGAUACAGAUAAUUGUAAUGAUGACGGCGAGGGCGAUGGCAACAAUGAGGGAAGGACGACGCGACAGCAGUUGGAGCCCAUGCUGGGUGCCUACUGGAGCUCGGUGUGCACGCUAAGAUUGUCGCUGGAACUGCCGGUGGAUGAUGACUCUGCCGAUCAGGACGACGGCCUGCGUUUAGUGCACGUCAUUUCGAACACCUAUGGCCCCAAAGGUGGCCACUGUCUGCUGCGUAUCACGCAUGCCGGCGUUGUCUAG